CUCUUCUCCUUCGAACGCAGAACGCCGCCGCCGGCAGAGAGCCCCCCCUAUAGUUCACACUAGUAGAGAAGAUAACCAUCUGCUAACUUCCGGCUAGGACUGUGAACUAUUGUUUCUGGCUGACUUCUCAGGUUCUCUUUUCUCUUGACGGAAAUCAUGAGAGAGAUCGUAACUAUCCAAGUCGGAGGAUUCGCAAACUUCGUCGGCUCUCAUUACUGGAACUUCCAGGAUGAGCUGCUUGGAUUGGCUGAUGAUCCUGAUAGCGAUCCCGCCUUCGCAAAUCAUCAGCAGUAUCUGAAUAUGGAUGUCCUGUACCGCACCGGUGAAACGCAUAAGGGCAUUCCUACGUACACUCCUCGCCUUGUGUCAAUCGACUUGCAAGGUACUUCUAUUUGUUGAUAGAUGAUAGGUGGCUCUGGACAACUUGUUAUCCUUCGGAUCGACAUUUAGUUGAUUUACUAGUUGGAAUUUCUUGAAAUUGCAGGAUCUCUUGGUUCUUUGAGUUCACGUGGCUCAUUGUACAAUGAAGAGGCAUCAUCUUCAUCUGUUGUUCCCACGUGGUGCGUCUUCUAAUACUUUACGUUGUGGAAGCUUCUGAUACCUUUUUUUGGAUUGUAUGUUUGAUUUAGCAUGCUCUGCUAUGGUGUUGAAUGUUAUAAAUGUUUUGAAUACUGAAGAUGAUAUGCAGGAGUGGCAGUGUUUUCACUUCAACAUCUGGAGUGCGUGAGAAGAACUUAUUCUUGCAAAGUUUGUAUGAAGAAGAGCAUGACAGGCUAGGGAGCACUACUGGGAAAAGUGAGAGCCACAGAGAAAUCAGCGAUAAGGACAUUGUGGAAUCCUUAGAAAAUGGUGUCCAGUUCUGGACAGAUUUCUCAAAAACGCAUUAUCAUCCCCAAAGCUUAUAUCAGUUGAGUGGAUUGUGGGUGGAUCCUAUGGAGUUUGACAAUUAUGGUAUUGGGAAAGAUGUAUUCUCCGAGAGUUCACGAGGAGACGAAAUCAGUGAGAGGCUUAGGUUUUUCACGGAAGAGAGUGAUCAUAUCCAGGGUUUCCAAUUCAUCGCUGAUGAUUCAGGAGGGUUUUCCGCUCUCUCUGCCGACCUUUUGGAGAGCAUUGUCGAUGAUUACCCGUCUACACCUGUUGUACUGUAUACAGUUAGGGGCCCUGCCUAUCAGGUUAACCCCAGAGACAGGAAGCGAACAGUUUCCAGUAAUAUUCAUGAUGCAAUUUCCUUUUCAAGGCUAUCAUCCUUAUCCAAACUGAUCGUGCCUCUGGGUUUACCUUCGCUAAGUACAAGUAAAGCGUGCUCGUUUCUCCAAAUCAAAGAUGAGAAGCCUUACCAUUCCAGUGCAGUUUAUGCUGCUGCCAUACACUCAAUUGGCCUGCCCUUCAGAAUGGAUACACUUGGACCAACUGUCAGUUCUUCGUAUGCUUCUGGUGCUUUGGAUGUAAAUGGCAUGAUACAAACUCUAGCUGGGCAAGCUAGACAAAAUCAAGUUGCCAUUCUUGACAUUGCAAUGCCUGCACCUACUUUAUCCGGAUCUUUUCUGCGGAAUUUGGAGUCCUUGACUCCUGAGAUAUCAGAAGACGUCGAAGAUGUGCAUACCGUUGAAUCCAUGGUUGUUCAUGGAGCACUGGGAUCUGGUAGUCAUAGAGCUUCAAUUGCAGAAGUAACUGAUGCAGUCAAUGCCGAGUACGAGGCUGCAUCAACACGACCGAUUUUCUGCCACCUCUCAACUGCUCGAUGCCCUCUUCCGAUACCAUUGCCGUUCCCUUCAAUUUUCGGGAACCGUGUUGGCCAGAAUGGAGAGCUCUUGAGCAACCCAGAUCCACCAUCCACUUCCUCUUCCUCUUCCAGGGGAUCACUCGACGUCCAUUCGAUCCCCAUUGCAGCUAGACUACGAUCGAGCGCUGCCAUCCUGCCGUUCUUGGAGAACAGAUUGCAAAAUCUUGGCAGACUAGGGAUCAGGCUGGGAGCUCCAGCAAGCGAGUUGGUGAGAAGCUGGGGGUUUGGGAAGGAUGAGCUGGAAGACAUGGAACAAAGCUUGUCCAAGAUGGUUGCGGCAUUGGAUCCUCGUUCGGAGUAUUCGUCCGAGUCGGAUUGAGUUUAGUUACUAACAACUAUGUAACAUUGGGAUCUAAAUACCUGUGGCUCUGAUGCUUGUUAAAUGAGAAUUGAUGGGGAAGAAAGAUUUAUUUGACACU